UAUAGCAGUGUUUCAUGCAAAGACGGUCUUGAGCAUCUCUUUAGUUCGUCUUAAAAUUUUUGAAUGCAUAUAAAUCGUCGUCUAAAUUGGACAGUCAACAAACUUUUGUUUAUUUCAUUGGAGUGGAUUUAUUUGUUCCUGCAGAGAAUACUCGAUUAUGAACCAUUUAUUCUGGUACUGAAAUAGUGGAACAAGGACUGACGUCGACACAUUAGGGUUUACUUAGUACAAGUAAAUGCCUUUCAUAGCUGAAUGCAAUACUCAUGUCCAGUCAAGAUAUUGGAAAGUUGGUCUUGAAAUAUCAAGUUGGAAGACUUUUGAAAAAGACUUUCUUUAGCUCUUUGUGUGAAAUGUUAUGGCAAACUUGAAUUUCCAACAAGCACCUAGAAGCCUAGCGAGCGGCGGAGUGGGCGGUCGCGUGAGCUCGGGGCUGGUGGGCGGCGUGUCGGGCCAUGUGACGCCCACGUUCGGAGGCGCACUGUCGCCCGGCCGGAACUCCACCGCCAUGCCCGGGGGCGCUCCGCCCUCUAUGGCAUCGCGAUCAACACUAUUCGGCCAGCGGGCUUUUGCCGACCGCAGGGUACCCAUACCAAACGCGUUAUCGCAGCCUAACUCAAAUUCCAUGUCGAGUAUGGGCAACUUGUCCCGAUUCAACACAAGCAGCAACUACCACUCGGUGUUCGGAGAGGGCGGAGACACGUCGACGCCACCUCUACUGGACCUCAGCGAGUUCCCCUCGCUGACCGCGCGGGGGGCGGGCGACCAGGCGCCAGCCGCCGCGCCACCGCCGCCCGGCUCUAAACCUUACGUGGGUAUGGUGAAGCAGCCUACAUCUGAGCAGUCAGAGUUCACGAUGUCUUCAGAGGACUUCCCGGCGCUGCCGGGCACGUCGAGCGCGGGCGGCACGGCGCCGCUGCCGCCGCCCGGCCCGCUGCCGCCGCCGCCCGACUUCAGCAACCACACCAACGACAAGCCUAGGAAGGGCAUACAAACCUCACCCGAUGUUAUCAGUCAAGGAGCACAUACGGAAUUCUAUGGUAAAGUAACGAAUAUACCAGAGACGAUGAUACCGAACCAGUUUGGUAUCGUGGGACUGUUGACGUUUAUUCGCGCAGCGGAAUCGGACCCCAGUUUAGUGUCGCUGGCGUUAGGGCAGGAUCUCACUGCGCUCGGAUUGAAUCUAAAUUCACCAGACAACCUUUAUCUCACCUUUGCUGGCCCUUGGGCGGACACGCCGUGCAGACCACAAGAUAUGGACUACCAUGUGCCUCCCGAAUAUCUAAUCAAUGGUUCAAUUAGAGAAAAGUUGGCGCCUCUACGACUGAAUCGAUAUAAGGAAGACCUCUUAUUUUAUUUGUUCUAUUGUUUCGUGGGUGACGUGCUGCAAAUAGCAGCUGCAGCCGAACUCUACAACCGCGAAUGGCGGUAUCACAUGGAGGAGAAGGUGUGGAUCUCGCAGGCGCCCGGCAUGCCGAUGGUGGAGAAGACGUCUACGUACGAGCGCGGCACCUAUUACUUCUUUGAUGCGCACAACUGGCGUAAGGUGGCGAAGGAAUUCCACUUGGACUACAGCAAGCUGGAGGGUCGACCGCAACUGCCCGCUCACGUGCUCACGUAGCGUCCCCGCCGCGUCCUCUCUCAUACACCUAUUGUAGUUUUGUUAUAUAAAAAGUACAAGUUUAAAAAAAGA